GGAGGAGGUGGUGGAGGAGGAUUUGGAUUUGGAGAAGGAUUUGGCUUUGGAGGUAUUGGUGGAGCUGGUGGAAUUGGAGGUAAAUUUGGUGGUGAUUUAAGAUUUGGCGCUGGAAAAUAUGGUGGUCCUGAAGGAGUUUUUGGAACUUUUAAAUAUGGUGGUUCUGGUGGAUUCGGAGUUGGAGGUGGUUUCGGUGGUGCCGGUGGAGACGGGGGUGCCGGCGGAUUUGGAGGCACUGGAGGAUUUGGGGGUGCUGGGGGAUUCGGGGGUGGUGGUGGAUUUGGAGGGGCCGGCGGAGAUGGAGGUGCCGGUGGAUUCGGAGGUGCUGGAGGAUUUGGAGGUGAUGGAGGAUUUGGAGGGGCCGGCGGAUUCGGAGGGGCCGGCGGAGACGGAGUGGCCGGUGGAUUCGGAGGUGCUGGAGGAUUCGGGGGUGGUGGUGGAUUUGUUGGAUUCGGAGGUUCAAAAGGAUCCUAUGGAAAAGUAUAUGCUCCUACAUAUUAAAUCAACAGCUAACUUCCUCCCUGUGAAUGUUAUACCUUACCGAGGAGGAAUUUAAAAGAGUAAAAUGACUGUAACCAGCUAUGCGUUUUUUGAAAGUUUUUAAGACGAGACAGUUACGAGUGAAUGACUUGUGUAGUGUGGCGUUUGCCUAUCCAUACACGAUGAACGUUUUAACGUACCGCUGUGUACUGUACCGGGUGACUGUGGUUUGUGUGGACAUGACUGAGACUCACCUCCUGUCAAUUACACGAACCGUGCAUGACAAAUAAAGUUACAUUCGAAUAGAACUCUUCAUAUUUGAACCAUGUGAAUACGAUGUGAACAAGACAUUUUUUUUCUUAAAUUAUACAUAUCCAUUUCUGUUGUUCUUAAGAUGUAUAUUACAUAGCUAUUCAUGUGUAUGUUUUAUAAAUCAAAAAUCAAUUUUAGAUUUGUUUUAAUAGUAAUUUUGAGACUGCGGUUCAUUUGAAGCAGAAUAUCUCCCAUCAAAAGUUAUGAAAUUAAUUGCAAUAAAAUCUAUAAAAAAUGUA